AUGGAGGAGUCGUCAAGUAAGGCUGUUGUGCCGGACACAAGUGUUUCAGCAACGGCGUCACCUACUAAAUCCGUAGUAUCUUCUGAUGAUGUUGAUGUUGUAAAUGACUCUCCAACAAAAAAUAGUAGCAUUGUACUGCCGGCUUCGACUAGUUCGGGAGAGAGAGUCAGUGACGAUGAUAGAGAAACAGAAGGUGAAGUAGUGUACAGUAGCGUCCCCCCAGAUCUAAAUAAAGACUCAAUCGCUCGAGCAACUCCCACAAGCGAUACCGGGACCACAUUUAUAGUCAAAAAAAUUAGAGGAAAAUUAAAUAUAACUCUGAUGGAUACCACCACUGUUUUAGCAUUGCCUUUCACUUCUGUGCGUGAUCCCAACUGCAUUGUCUGUAAUCGAGAAGUUCCCACAAAUGAAAUGUAUUUAAAUUUCCCCGAUGACUUGGAUAGAAGACGUCUCUGGGGAAACAUGUUAGGCUUCCGUUAUUGUGAAAUGCUAAGGUUGCGUAUGGGACCCGCUGCCAAUGUACCCAGUACUGGUAUCAUCUGUACUGAUCACUUUUCCGAAGAAUGUUUUAGAAAAUUCAAUUUUAAUAAAGCUGCCAUUGAAGCGUUUGGAAUUCCUUUAGCUAUAUCUCCACAUGUGAACGUAACUCCAUCUAAAAAAAGAACUCCUUGGGAUUGCUCAGUUUGUAAAUUUCGUAGUCACAGCGUUCAUACACUUCAUAUGCAUUUAAUAGAACAUACCAAAGAAGCUCAGAUUUCUACGGAAGUCCGAAAGCUGUUAAAUGGCAAAGGACUCUCCUGUCCGUUUUGCCGUAAUUGUACUUAUUAUUAUAAAACUUUAAGCGGGUUUGGUCGGCAUUUACAACUUGAACCCGUAACACAUUUUUAUUUAAAACGAAUCCACGAAGUGGCUAAAAAGAACUUCCGCUCGGCAUCUCUUGAACCAGCUAGCGAAUGGGCGUCAUGGUCUGAGAGAAAUGUUUACUAUGCUUAUCAUGGUUGUGAACCUCCACCAUUAACUCCUCAAAAAAGACCCCUUUCAUCUCAAGGUGCUUCACCAACAAAGAGGAUGUUAGCUUCACCCGCUGUUAUUCGUGAAAUCGAAAACGAAGAACUUGCCAAGUCAGAGAGCAUUGGAAAAGAAUCCGUCAAACGCACUUUGUUAUUCACUCCAAUGUUACCUACUCCCUCUGAAACACCCAAAAAGGUUACCCCGAAGAAAGAGGUAGAAAGUGGCUCUUCUACGAAAAAUACUCCAGAGGAGAUUAAAAAGCUUUUCUUACGUCUCCCUGUAAGAAGCAAACCUGCUGCUCGUCGCGUGAUCAUAACUUCCAAUGAACAAAGGACAACAAUCGCUGAUGUUUUGAAUGAAGUAUCAGUUCAUGAUAAGGAUGAGCCUGGGUUAGAUGUGAUCACAGAAACAGUUUUGAGUGAUCCAUUGCCUCUCUCUUGCACCUUCUUAGAUGAUCGAUUCAUGAGAUCCAUGAGAAGGAAAACUCAAAGACAGCUUGAGUCUAAUGAAGCUAGACUAAGACUUUUUGGAGAUUCCACAUACGUAGACGUCCCGGACGGUUAUAAAAAAAUAGAUACAGCUCAUGGCCCUCGAAUUAUUAGUAUGAAAGCACGUGCCUGGGAAGAAGGUUUAGGAUCUGUGAAAGUUUUGAACCGGCGUCUUCUACCUAUUAAUCGAGAAUAA